AUGAAGACUACGCACUAUCUAAAAGCGGUAAAGGGAUAUUGGCAGAAUCAUUUAUUAUAUAACAUUACUAGUAGUGCUAAGAGACAAACUGCUUUUGUAAAGAAUUCAAGAAAGUACAAUUUUAUUUUUAUAUUACAUCAAAACAUUAAAGGUGGGAAAAAACAUUAAUAUAAAUAUUUUUUAAAGAAUGAUAGUAGUAAAUCUGAUUUUAUUGGUGAAAAAACAAGAAAGGAAAGUAUUCUAAAAUAUUUAAUAUUCCUCUUUGAAUGCUUAUUUGCUGAGCUAAAAAAUCAAACUAAGACAAUUAAGUUUAAAAUAUUUUAUUUAACUUUUUUGCUUGAAGCUUACUCUAGUCCAAUAAAGUGCUUAGUAGAAACAUUUGAAUGCUUAAAGUAUUAAGAUUAAUACUAUUGGCAAGAAAGAUGUUUACUUGAGAUAAUUAAAUAAAAAAUAGUUUAAAAAGCCCAUGAGAAAAUGUUUAACUUUUCAAAUUAGAAAUUAAAUACACUUAUAAGUAUAUAAUUUGAUGAAAUGUUGACUGAUAUAGAGGAGAAGAUGCUAGAGAUACUACCUGAAUAUAGAAACUAUUUGAAUUAUAUUUCUUAAAAUUCAAUCGAUAUUUAAUUUCUUGAAAAGAUAGGAAAGUAAUACAUCAAGAAAAGGAAUGAGAUUGAUAAAAAUAUUAAUAACUGCUAUCUAAUGAAUCCAGAAAAUAAAUAUUUAAGUCAGCUGACAUAUAUUUAUAUAGAUUUUUUAGAUUUCUAAGAAAGGAGAUAAAAAGACUUCAAAAGAUUAUCCUUUCACCAUAGAACAAGUUCAGCUCAUUAAUAGUAUAAUUUUACAGAAAAACAAUUAGUAAUUUUUAUUUCUCUGCUUAAACCUGUAGGGUAGAUAUUAAAAUUUUCUCAUAAUCUUCCAUUUGCCCUUGGGUAUACUCCUGAUUAAAUUUAAUCUAAAUCCUUGAAUAUAUUGCUUCCCUCAGGUGUGGCUAAAGUUCAUGACCAAAUACUAUAUAACUUCAUAAAUUAAGGGUCUUUAGAUAAAAUAGAAAAAAGAGUUUAUGGAUUCUUCUUUUUAAAUAACCAAAAUUUUUUAGUUCCUGCAGAAAUAUAGUUAAAGAUUGAUUAAAAUCUAAAAAUCAAUCAAUUAGGUGUAUCUGCAUUAUGUAUUUUAUAAAGCUAAAAUAUUGAGUAUAUCACAUAUCAUUAAUCUGGAAGGAUAUAAGAAACUACCGAGAGGCUUUACACUAAUUUAUUCUCUGAAAGGAUACAUCUUUCUUAAGACAAAGUAAGCAUGCUAGAUAUACAUAAAAUAAUUCCUCAAAUAGGAAUUAUGAGAUUAAUUAAUGACGUUUAAUUAAAUAAAAUAUUUAAAGGAUACAUAAUUAUCCCAAAGUAUUAAAUAGGAAAAAAAUUAGGUUUUUAUUAGGUAGACUCUCUUCAAAAUAUAAAAAGUUAACUCUACAACUUAAUAUAAUCUUAUGAGUAUAACAAUCAUUUAUUUUUAGAAGCGUUAAUUGAAAUUAAGAUGAAUAAAAUUGGCUCAAUAGAUUAAAGUAUUAAUUUUGUUAGUCUUUCUAAUUUGUAAUUGAUUCGAUCAAAACAAGAAAAAGAAAAUAUAAUAGAUGAAUUGCAAGAAUAAGCUCAACAAUUAAUGGCUGUAAAAACUCCAAAAACUUCAAGAAAAUCUCAAUUUUUUUCUUCAUCUUCUCUUUCUUCAAAAAUAAGCAAAGUAAGUACAAGGUAUUUCAGAAACAGCUUCGUUUAAGAUGAGAAGAGAUUGCAUGAUAUUUAAGAUCUCAAUUCUCAUUAAACAACUCUUUAUGAUAAUGAAGAUUAACAACAAUUUGAGGAAAUAGAAGAAGAUUUUGAUGAUGAAGAAGAAGAUAAAGAUAAAAAUGAAGAUAAUUAAUAAAGUAAUUAGGUUAUUGAAUAAUAAAUAUAAAAAUAAUAAAAAUAAAUUUUAAUUUCAAAUGAAUGGGAAUAAAGUUAAAUAAAAUCUUUUAGUCAUGAUCCUAAGUAAAAUGAAAAUGUAGUAUAAGGUAAUAUCAAUGAAAUGGAGAAAGUUAAGCCUUAUUUGAAUGAAAAUAAUUAAUCUAGAUUUGAAUCAAAUAAUCUGAGUUAUAACACAAAUAGAUAACUUUAAGAAGAAAAUGUGAACAAAUAAGAUUAAGAGUCUAAAUUAUUUGAAAUUUCAAUGGAAACAGAUAGAAACUUAUUUAGUAUUUUAUAAAAAUAAAGUAAAUAAGAUCUAUUAAUUAAUGGAAGUGUAUAGUAUAGCUCACCUUUAAAAGAUAAUUAAAAAACAAUGAGCUAAACAACUAAUUUGAUAACUGAUUAACUAGCUUCAUAAAUUUCUUAAUAAAGAUACAUUUAAUAAACUUCUGAUUUAAAUGACUAUUUGAAAGAUUCAGAAUAAAUUAGUUCAUUAUUAUAUGAUAAAAAAGUAAAGAAAAAACAAAAAUAAGCAAAGAGAAAUGUAUUUUCUAAACGUACAAGUGCAGUCGAAACAAAAAAAAGUUAAAGCAAAAAGUAAAAUAUUGCAUCAUCAGUUAAUUCUACUAGAACCCUGUAGCACUAAAGGAAACAAGAUAUAAUCUAUUUAAUUACAAAUGAAAAAAAAAAUUAGUUUUUUGAAGUAGUAAAAUAUACAGGAUUUGCUUCAUUAUUAAUUUUAGUUACUGUCACUUCAGUUCUUUUUUCUUUCAAUUUAUAGUUAUUUCAAGAAGAAUUAUCAUAAUUUAAUGAUAUACCUUAUGCUGUUUCUAUUAGAGCUGAUUACUCCUUAAUCAUAAAAAAUACAGAGCUAUAAGUAUUGUUGGAUUAAAAUACUUUUGGAUUCUAAUCAGAUUAGCAAUAAUAAGUGAUGGAUUUAUAUAACAGCACAAUUCAAGAUAAUAAAGAAAAACUUAAUCACUACUAGUAAAUGGUGAUAAAGUUUUAUCGAGAUACGAAAUCAAAUGGGUUCAAAGAUUACAUGUUGAAUGCAACUUAAGUUUUAAAAAAUUAUGCACAAAUGAAAGGGUAUAAAAACUAAACAUUCUCGCUUCCAUAUGCUUUCUUAUUUAUUUAAGAGAGUUUAUAUUAUUAUAUGAAUUAUGGGAUAGAAAACUUGGAAUCAUACAAUAAUGUUUAAUAAAAUUUUAUAGCUAUGUUUGCUUAGUAUACUAAUAUGCAAAAUGUAGUUGUUGAUUAGGCAAACAGCCUUUGUGAUACUAUAGUUAAUCUUCUUUAUGCAUCAUUAAUUACUAUACUGACUAUUUCUUUCUUUUUUAUUUUGAUAAUAUUUCCUAUUUACUCCUCUGUGUAACUAUAAAGAGAAAAUAUAUUAAAGUUAAAUUCUACUUUUGAUCCUAGUAAAUUUGAAUUGCUGAUUAAUCAGUUAAGUAAACUAAUUGAAAAGGGAAAUGUUAUUUCCUAAUAAAGAAAAAAUAAAAAAAAUACAAGUGCGUUAAAUUUCAGUCCUACCAAAAUUCCAAGCCAAGGAAGCAAAUCAAAAAAGAAAAUGAUUUCGUCUACAACAAAUUUAAAAAGAUAUAAUAUCUUACUUAUACUAGGAGGCAUUUUUAUUUUUAUACUGCUGGCAAUAUACCCUAUCGUUAAUUUAAUUGUCAUAAAAAAUUUUAUUAAUGAUGCAAAAUAUAAUAUUAAUGAAAUCUCAAUUUUGUAUAGUGUUAGAGCUCAAUUAACAAGUAAUUAUGCAGCAAACUAUAUGGCAAUGUCUGGCUCUUUACUUCCAGGAAAGUUGGAUGCUGUUAAAUAUGGCCGAGUUCAAGCAUUGGCUAGUUCUAAUUAAAGCAAAUUAUAGUAGAUAUUGUCAAUUUUUAAUGAUUUUAGUGGAACUAGAUAUGAUGAUGGCUAUUACAAAGGAUUCUUUUUAAAAAUUUUGAAGGGGAAUAUUUGUGAUGCUUUUUAAGAGUAUCCUUAGUUCGUUUCAGCAUAGUAUUAAAUUGAUGACUCAUAAUGUAGAAGUAUUUGUAAUGGUGUACUUUAACAAGGACUCUAUAUAGCUUUACAAUACGUUUUUAACAAUUUCUAAUUAGCUUUGCCGUUUUUUGAUAAAACAAGUGUAGAAUAAUUUAUUUAGAAUAUGAGAAUAUGGGUUUAGAACAUUGAUUUUUUUGAGUUUAAUUAACUUUAUCUAAUGAUGAUAAAUAUUAUAGAAAGUGAAAGAGUAUUUAUGGAAAUGGUCACUUCUGAUUAUUUUUCAUACAUUACUUAAGUUACAUAUGCUCUUUUUUUCUAUAGCUUAUUUUGCCUGCUUUUUAUAUUCUAUUUUUGCUGGGUAAGAUAUUUUAGAUUCCUCUCAGAAUAAAUGACAAGUGCCAAAAGAGUUCUUUCUGUAGUUCCAAUUGGAUAUCUGAUUGAAAAUCCUUAUGUGAUGAGCUAUCUAGAAAAAGAAAAUAAAAAGUGA